AACUUGUUUCUGAAUCGUUGCUAAAAUCCUGUUUUUUAUGAUGACGCGACGUGUUUUAGUCUCAAAUCCUGUUUUAAAAAAAAAAGCGCAACGUUUCCUCUCGAUCACAUGAUCGUGCUCCUCGGCUGCUGGAAGACUUACUCACAAACAUAUGAUCUGACACCGAUACAGCCAUGAAGCUCAUCAUACUGGAUGACUACGACCAGGUCAGCAUAUGGACCGCCAAGUACAUCAGGAACAGGAUCAGGAAGUUCAAUCCCGGUCCUGACCGAUUCUUCACCCUGGGUCUUCCGACAGGAAGCACUCCGCUUGGAUGCUACAAGAAGCUGAUCGAGUACCACAAGAAGGGAGAGAUAUCUUUUCAGUACGUGAAAACCUUCAAUAUGGACGAGUAUGUAGGGCUUCCUAGAGACCAUCCUGAAAGCUACCAUUCGUUCAUGUGGAAUAAUUUCUUCAAGCACAUCGACAUCCGAGCGGAAAACGCGCACAUCCUGGACGGCACCGCGUCCGAUCUGGAGAAGCAGUGUCAGGACUUCGAAGCUCAGAUCAAAGCUGCUGGAGGAAUCGAACUGUUUGUCGGCGGUAUCGGACCGGAUGGCCACAUUGCUUUUAAUGAGCCUGGAUCCAGCCUUGUGUCCAGAACGCGUGUCAAGACCCUGGCUGUGGACACCAUUCUGGCCAACGCUCGCUUCUUUGAGGGCGAUCUCUCUAAAGUCCCCACCAUGGCUCUGACGGUCGGCGUCGGCACAGUCAUGGAUGCUAGAGAGGUCAUGAUCCUCAUCACUGGCUCGCAUAAAGCGUUCGCGCUCUAUAAAGCCAUAGAAGAGGGGGUGAAUCACAUGUGGACGGUGUCAGCGUUUCAGCAGCACCCGCAGGCCGUGUUCGUGUGCGAUGAAGACGCCACGCAGGAGCUGAGGGUCAAGACGGUCAAGUACUUCAAAGGCAUCAUGGAUGUGCACAACAAGAUGGUGGAAGAGCCGUAGACGGGACUUAUCGGAUUUGUGGUCGUGUUUUGACACAAAUUGUACUGUUUUUAUAUGACUUUAUUUCUUUUAGCAAACAUAUCGAUACCUGAUGUGUUGAAUUAAAGCCUGUUUACGUGACUUUAAAUGUGA